AUGAGAAUCCCCAUGCUGAGCAACAUCCUGCUCCCAAACGUCAGGCCGGUUUUGAGGUGGAAUUUGAGGGACUGGAAGAAGAUCACCUCAAAGAAGAAGCCGCAAGGUUGGGAAAUGAUGAAGAGAGAAAAGAAGCAGCAGGAGCGGGGACACAUGCCCACUUAUGGCGAGAUGUGGCCGAUUUUGUAUAGACCUCGAGACAGGCGUGCGUCGGAUGAGGUUGAGGAGAUAACGGCAUGGAUGACUCAGGUCGAUACCGAGUUGUGUGAGUCUCAGGGGUUUGCUUUGGAUCCCACCGCCUCACUUUUAGCGGGUCGUGGCCGGGCAAAGCACCCUGGUCUAGUUAGCGGGCUCGGACUUGGACCUACACCGACUAGGUUGCCCCGCUCAGGUGGCGCUGGCCCUUCAUAUACUACGGGGAGCUCUCGGGCGAGCGUGGGAGGGAAGCGGCUGGGUUCCUCAUCCUCAGAGGAGUUGCGAGAGGAGCUCAGACAAGAGUUGGAGGCCAACAUCAAGGCCAGGGUGGAGGCUAGGAUUAAGGAGCGUGAUCGUCAGUUGCAGGAGCGUGAUGCUCAGUUCCAGUUGAAGCUUGACCAGUUCAAGGCAGCUGCUACGGUUAUGCGUGAUGUGAUGAUCAGUAUGGCUCCAAACAUCUCGAUUCUUGAGAUCCCCGACAUACGCCUACCACCAGUCCCGCCUUUGCCCCGUAUCAGCUAG